GUUCGGGUCCCGGCAUGGAGCGCGGCGGCCCCGCGCUGGAGCUGAAGCUCUGGGCGGCCCAGGAGAUGGGGCUGCCCCCCGUGAAGGUGCCCCCCGAUGGGGCCUUCCGCCGAGGUCUCCCUGGAGGCGGCCCAAGAGCGGAUCCACGACGCCCAGUGCCACUCCCUGCUGAUCAACGCCUAUGCGGCCCGCAUGGCCAAGGAGCACAAGCAGCUGCAGGGCAACGUAACACAGCUGGGAGGCGGCUGGAGCAGCUGCAGGACAUCAGCAGAAAGGCCAAGGUGGAGCUGACGGUGGGAGGGAAGGUGCCUGACCUCGGAUUUGCUGGCAUGGAGCCUGAAGUACUGCCUGACGUGCGGACAGCCUGCCAGCUGCGCUUCCACUUCCUGAAGUUGCUCUUCAAACACAGCACGUCUGGGGCCUUCCCGUAAGAUCCUCUCCACCCCCCCACUCCCAAGCCACUCUGUUUCUGACCUGCCCCAUGUGUGUCCCUCAUCAGCGGGACAAGCAAGGAGCUGCUGGAUGCAUCCUACCAGCACUGACUGAGCAUGGUG